AUGUGGCACGAAUCCCGCUGCGAAGCUCUCACUUACUACCAAUCAUUCUUCCGCACGCCACACUCCCCAUCCUACAUUUAUGUAAAUUUCACCAUUGACACGAUCAAACUCGCGGAUGGGAUUAUAUCCUAUGUGGAUGGGGAAGAACGCGAUGGGAUACGUAAAUUGGAGUUAGCGGUUGAAGAUGCGGCAUAUUUUGGUCAUUAUAAUUUGGAGACGAUAUCGAAGAUGCAAGGGUUGCAAGAAUUGGAAUUGGUGGCUACGGAAAGGGAUCGUAGUUCUUGGCAGCCGGAGGGUCAUUAUUUGAUGAGGAGGGAGAAACCGGAUUGGUGUUGUCCGAGGGUGAGACUUGUAACCAGCAACCCAACCAAGACUCAUGCAGAACAAUUGUGUUGUCAGGCACAAAAGGAAAGGGAACGACAAGCUGCUUUGAUGGAAGUUCUUCAUCCUUAUGCGGAGCAUCCUGCAGCAAUUCCUUCACCAGAUAUGUCAUCUAGACUUCUAUCUCUCCCCAAAGAAGUUCGAUUGGAAAUAUAUCGAUAUCUUCUUCUUCCUUCGAAAUAUGUUAGCAUUGAAGCGAAAGAUCCAAUUCUUUGCCGUGGUGAAUACGAUGACGGCUCGACCGAUGACGGCUGGACCGAUGAAGAAUCAAUCUCACUCGAUGGUGAUAAUUCAAAUAUGGAGAUAGAAAAUGGUGGACCUCCUGACGCUAUAGAUGGACUGGAACAUUCAUUGGUGACAAUAUUACAGCAACAAAACGCAGGCCAACCAUUGAAUCUUAAUCCCGAAUUCUCGACAAAUCCUGAAGCAGAGUCGAUUCUCACUGAAGCCGACUUCGAAGAUUAUAGCAUGCACCCCGAAAUUUUGCGAGUCAACAAACAAGUACACGACGAAGCCUCUGAUGUAUUAUUUACCGAGGGCAUCGUCGUCGUCAACGCCAACGAUAUGUUUUGGCUAACAAAUAAAUAUUCGAAAUACGGAAGAAGGUAUGGUAAAAAUCCAUGGAGACGUAACCCGCUCACAGACACUGCGAAAAGGCUGGCUGGUGGCACCAUAGAAUACACUCAGGGGGACGUGGGUGGAUGGAUGGAACCUCAUGUAUUCGCCAAAUUCAAAAAGAUACAUUUCGAUUGUGCUCUGGAAGAUGACCAUACCGAGAACAUUCUAUUUUUUCUGGAUAUCGACACUUGGAAACUAGACUAUGAAGAUGCAAGGGAUUUUCGGUCUUAUCUACGCACUUUGACCUUCAUCAAGGACUUUGUGAAGCUUAUAUCCAAGUCCAAAGUCAUCAACAAACUUACCAUCAACAUACUUCUUGAAAUCAGGGUCGAUACAAAAUUAGAUUCCGAAUCGGUUGAUUCGGAUGAUCCAGACGCACUCAUGGAAUUGGAUGAAAAACAAAACAACGCGGAUAUUGAGGCUCAUUUCAGAGCUUUGGAUAUAUUUAUGGAUGCCAAUAUGUUCAAAUCUUUCAAAUACUUAAAGAAUGUGAGGAAUUUGGAUUUUCGGAAUGGAUUUGAUGAAUAUUUUCCUACGAAGAAGUAUAUGCCGACAGAGGCUCAGCUGAUGAUGAUAUUCAAUUGUAAACGGAUGGUUGAGAGAAAUUUCAGGGAGCCAGGGGAACCUACGAGGAGAGGUCUUAGAAGUCAGGGUAGUGUGGCUUGA